AUGGAAAUAAUAGAUUUGCAGCCACAAGAUAUCUUAAAAGACUCAUUCAAAGCAUCGCCUUUACUUUUUUUCGCUGAACUUCCUGCAUCAUUUUCAAAAAUUAAAAAUAUAGCUGCGAAAUACUUCAGUAUGUUUGGAUCCAAUUACGUAUGUGAACAGGCAUUUUCUCAUAUGAGAAAAAUUAAAAACCCAUACCGUUCACGCUUAACUGAUGAUCAUCUCCACCAUGUACUUAGAGCCAACACAAGUGAAUCUGGUGAUGAUGAUAAAUAUACAAAUGAGGCAAAUGACCUGGACUAUUUAAAAGGCCAUUUAAGUUCUAAUUCCUGGUACAAGUAUACAAGUCCAAACAUUCAAGAUGAAAUAAUUAAUAUCAGUGGAAACUUAAUACUUGGAAAAAUAGUAAAAAUGGUAAAUUCUGCUGAAUGGUUUUCAGUGUUGGCAGACGAAACAACAGAUGUAUCACUAAAAGAACAACUUACAUUAUGUGUUCGAUACGUUAAUGGUUCAGGAGACAGUGUAAAAGUACAUGAAAGUUUAAAUACUUGUGGUAUUGAUUGUACUAAAAUGUGUGGCCAAGGCUACGAUGGAGCAGCAAAUAUGUCAGGAAAAUUUAAAGGAGUGCAAACUGUGAUAAAAAAUUUAUAUCCAAAAGCCAUAUUUGUUCAUUGCGCAGCCCAUUCAUUAAAUUUAGCAGUUUCAUCUGCAUGUGAAGUUCAAUCCGUUAGAAACUUUGAUGCAUUAGAAGAAAUACCAAAUAAAUUUAAUGACAUUUCUUCGGUGCCUGAUGCAAAUAUAUUACUGAAAUCGAUGGACUCUGAGUUUUUAAUUGCCCUUCAAGUUGUAAAAGUGAUGUUUUCUUACGGUCUGCCACUAUGUAAAUGUUUACAAAAAAAUGACAUAGAUCUUAAAGAAGCUGUAGAAUUAGCUCAAUGUAACAUUUCAACACUUGAAAAUGUAAGGAAAAAUAUUGAUAAAGAAUUUAAACUAAUGUUUAAAGAAGCCGAUGAAAUGGCUUUAAUUUUGGACAUCAACAUUUCUGUAAAGAGUUUAAACAAACGUCAACAAAAUCGUCCAAACCCUUUUGCAUGUGUUAAUUCAAUGAAUCCUGAAGACUAUUAUAAAAUUACCAUAGCAAUACCUUGUAUUGAUUCUUUUAUAAGUAAUUUAAAAGAAAGAUUUCUUACUCAUAAGAAUAUUUUUGAAGGCUUCCAGUGCUUAUUUUCUGAUGAAAUAGAUAUAGAAUAUGAAGCAUUUGAAGAACUUGUCAGAUUUUAUCUGGACUCAGAUAUUCAGAUAGUCAUUGUUGAAUUAAGAAUAUGGCAAUCAAAACUGAAAUCAAAUAAUAAAAAGCCUAAGGCCAUAGAUGCUUUACGUUUAUGACAGUCAAUUUUUCCAAAUAUUUAUCAAUUAUUAAAAAUAUUAUGUACCAUAUCAGUAUCUACAUCCACUCCCGAGAGAUCAUUUUCAUGUAUGAUACGACUAAAAACCUAUUUAAGAAACUCAAUGACUGAAAAUCGUCUGAACAGCUUAACAUUGUUGGCCGUUCAUAGAGAAAUUCCAAUUGAUGCCAAAGAAGUUAUUGAUGUGAUGGCUCAAAAAUCAAGAAAACUUGAUAUCAUUUUGUAA